AUGGCUCCUUCGGGUCUUCGACAGUGCAUGCACGACGCCGAGCUGAACGCACCUCAAGAUGUCCUCACCUGUCGGAAGAAGUCCAUUGCAGCUAAGGGGGUCAUGCUGAAAUGGGUACACGCCAAAUCCCCCAAUACCGAGAGCUGGCUUCCCGACUGCAUUCCCAUGACCGAUGCCGUCUUCGCGACCGUCUCCUCCAUCUUCACCGUCGGAGGCCUUGUCGGGGCUCUCUGCGCCGGCCCCUUUUCUUCGAAACGCGGCCGACGUCCUGCCAUGCGGAUCACUGCCAUCUUCUACAUCAUUGGUGCCCUCAUUGAGACACUUGCUGGAGGGGCUCCCGCUUUGGCGAUCGGCCGGUUCUUCACAGGUGCUGCGGGAGGUGCGUCGACUGUCAUUGUCCCGCUGUACAUUAGCGAGAUUGCACCGCCCAAGGAGCGUGGUCUGUUUGGAGCCAUGACCCAGGUCUCGAUCAAUGUUGGCAUUCUGGCUGUUCAAACGCUGGGAUUCUUCUUAAGCUACGGAAAGGCAUGGCGGUGGAUCCUCGCCGUGGGCGUCUUCAUUGCUUUGGGCCAGGCCUUCGGUCUGUUGCUGAUUCCCGAGAGUCCUGCUUGGCUCGCCGCCAAUGGUGAUGUCCCGAGGGCCCGCCGCACCUUGCAGCGUAUUCGCGGCAAGAACUUCGACAUCCGUGAAGAAGUUGAGAGUUGGGACGGAGGGGUGAACGCCGAGCAAGAAGGCCUUCUGGCCCAGGCCGACGAUGUCCCGCCGGUGUCUCCUGGUCUCCCCAAGCACAGCUCGCCCGUCCAUCUUGGCUUCUUUGAAGUCAUCAAGGACCCGCUGACCCGACCUGCCAUCGCCGCUGUCGUUGGCAUCAUGUUUGCACAGCAGCUGUGUGGUAUCAACUCGAUCAUCAUGUACUCUGUGUCUCUGUUGACAGACCUCCUCCCCGUCAGCUCGGCCCUGCUGACGAUCCUGAUCUCCGUGGUUAACCUCAUCACCACUGCUGCAUGCUCUCCGCUGCCGGACAAGCUUGGCCGAAAGAGGUGCAUCCUGAUCUCGAUCAUUGGACAGGGCACCAGCUCGCUCAUUCUGGCCCUUUCAAUCCAGUUUGGAGCCAAGAUCCUGUCAGCUGUUUCGGUUGUGACCUUCGUGGCCUUCUUCGCGGUCGGUCUGGGGCCAGUGCCCUUCAUUCUCGCCUCAGAGCUGGUGGGACAGGAAGCUGUCGGCGCUACUCAGUCCUGGUCUCUGGGAUCCAACUACGUUGCGACUUUCCUAGUUGCUCAAUUCUUCCCCAUCGUCAACAACGCACUGAACCAGUGGCUUGGAGGUGCCGGCUGGGUAUACCUCCUCUUCGCCGGAUUUUCUGUGUUGUUUGCCCUUUUUGUUUCAGUCAAGGUUCCUGAGACGAAGGGCAAGAAGGAUAUCGAUGAGGUCUGGGGCCGAACUCGACGACUUGAUUGA